AUGGAAGAAAGUAGGGCUGUCAACAGGCGUGGCCUGUUGGGGUUGAUCUUGACCAAGAUUUUGAACUGUUUGCGGUGUUCAGAAGUAGAGAAUUCAAGAGAAAUAGAGAAGGGAGAAAACGAAAGGUUGCCAAGAGAAGUAGAGAAAGGAGAAAACGAAAGGUUGCCAUUCGAUCUAGUGGUGGAGAUAUUAGCGUGGCUGCCGGUGAAAUCACUUAUUAAGUUCAGGUGUGUAUGUAACCAAUGGCGCAAAUUAUUACUAGAUCCAAUGUUUAUUAGUAUGCAUGCAGAACGAUCCAAACAUAUAUAUGUUCACAGCGAAGAUGUAGAUCAACGAAUCACAACAUGUGUCUGUGAGGGUUUGUUACUUGUGGUGAACAAGAAAGAAGAUCGAAAUCACGUAUGCAACCCUUCGAUCCACCAGACCUUUCAACUCCCGCCUCUUAAUCCUCCCUUGUUCCCAUCCAACAGCUUUACCUAUCUCAACGUAUCAUGUGUACCGGAACAUAAAGUGGUAGCUACCACACAGGAUAAUCGAUGCCUGGUAGUAGUGGUGGGAACCCCCACUUCAUCUUGGAAGGAUCUUGGGUUCAUUCCAAAUCACUGUGGCGGAACUAGAUUUUAUUCAUCUAGGAAUGUAUACAAUGUCCUACACUGGGUCUUCACUAAUAAUUCGACAGGGGAAGUGAAUGUUGUGUCUUUGGAUUCGUUGUCUGAGAAUUUCAAUGUCAACAUAGCUCCUAGAGGUCUUUCAACAUUAGCAGCCGAUAACUAUCCAAUGUGUUGGGAAGGAUGUUUUGCUCUUGGUUGCAUUGUUGAGAAGAAAAUGAUGGUGUGGAUCUUGAGAGAUGUUAAGAAUGAUAUUUGGGAAAAGGAGAUUGUUUGGUUGACAAGCUUGAAUUUUGAGUUGGGCAGUGAAAAUUUCCAUCCUUACUCCAAGAGUAAGGACAAUGGAUGGAUUACCUUCAUCAAAAAUUCACCAAAGGAAUACUAUUAUUACCAUAUCGUCACAAACAGGACUCUCCAUAAAUGUAAUGCGGAAGCUAACCGAAUGUUUUACAAGCCUAGCCUUGUUUCUUGCAAUGGAAUUUCGAAGCAUGAUGGGCCUAUGCCGGACUGGUUCCUACCACUUUUAUCCGAGUUGAAGCUUUAAGUUUCAGUGGCGCGUUUGUCAAGCCCUUCAAAUCAGCUUAUAUGAAUUGAAACCUACAUUAAGUGGGAUUCUGUUCUCUACUUUCUUUCAUCUUGCUAAUGAAAAGCUAUAUUAACUGGGA